CAUGCCCCUCUGUCUGUGUGUGAGUGCAGGCAGGCUGACAAUGAUUUCCUCAGUGAUUACGUACAGAGCGAGUCCCUGCGGGUUAGGGGCCCCCUCUGGAGCCAUCCUGAUGGCUUUGGGGGCCUUGCUUCCAUUUUCCAUUAUUAUGUGGACUACCGGAGCGACAGCGCAGUCCAAGACCUUGCAGACCCCAACUGUAAACUUGAAGACAAGACUGAAGAUGGAGAGGCAAUAGACUGUAAGAAGAGGCCGGAAGACGGAGAGGAGCUAGAAGACGAAGCUGUUCACAGCUGUGACAGCUGCCUCCAGGUGUUCGAGUCACUGAGCGAUAUCACAGAACACAAGAUUAAUCAAUGUCAGCUGACAGAUGGAGUGGAUGUGGAAGAUGACCCCACCUGCUCAUGGCCAGCCUCCUCACCUUCGAGCAAGGACCAGACUUCCCCCAGCCAUGGAGAGGGUUGUGAUUUUGGGGAGGAAGAAGGUGGCCCUGGACUCCCCUAUCCGUGCCAGUUCUGCGACAAGUCGUUCAGCCGUCUCAGCUACCUAAAGCACCAUGAGCAGAGUCACAGUGACAAACUGCCUUUCAAAUGCACCUACUGCAGCAGGCUGUUCAAACACAAGCGGAGCAGAGAUCGCCAUAUCAAACUCCACACCGGGGACAAGAAGUACCACUGCAGUGAAUGCGAUGCUGCCUUCUCCAGAAGUGAUCACCUGAAGAUCCACUUAAAGACUCACACGUCCAACAAGCCAUAUAAAUGUGCCAUUUGUCGCCGAGGGUUCCUGUCCUCUAGCUCCCUACACGGACACAUGCAGGUUCACGAGAGGAACAAGGACGGCUCCCAGCCAGGGUCCAGGAUGGAGGACUGGAAGAUGAAGGACACUCAGAAGUGCAGUCAGUGCGAGGAAGGCUUUGACUUCCCGGAAGACCUCCAGAAGCACAUUGCCGAGUGCCACCCUGAAUGCUCCCCCAACGAGGACCGAGCAGCCCUCCAGUGUGUCUACUGCCACGAGCUCUUUGUAGAGGAGACCUCCCUGAUGAACCAUAUGGAGCAGAUGCACGGUGGGGAGAAAAAGAACUCCUGCAGCAUCUGCUCUGAGAGCUUCCACACCGUCGAGGAACUGUACAGCCACAUGGAUAGUCACCAGCAGCCGGAGUCGUGCAACCACAGCAAUAGCCCGUCCCUGGUCACGGUGGGCUACACCUCUGUGUCCAGCACGACUCCGGACUCCAACCUCUCAGUGGACAGCUCAACUAUGGUGGAAGCUGCCCCGCCAAUCCCCAAGAGCCGAGGGAGGAAGCGGGCUGCUCAGCAAACCCCGGACAUGGCCGUCCCCUCGAGUAAACAGGCAAAAGUGACCUAUAGCUGUAUUUACUGCAACAAGCAGUUAUUUUCGAGUCUGGCAGUUCUGCAGAUUCACCUGAAAACUAUGCAUUUAGAUAAGCCAGAGCAAGCCCACAUUUGUCAGUAUUGCUUGGAGGUACUGCCCUCCCUCUAUAACCUCAACGAACAUCUUAAGCAAGUGCACGAAGCUCAGGACCCAGGUCUGAUUGUUUCGGCCAUGCCUGCCAUAGUCUACCAGUGCAACUUCUGCUCCGAAGUUGUCAACGACCUCAACACCCUUCAGGAACACAUCCGAUGUUCUCACGGCUUUGCGAACCCGGCGGCUAAGGAUAGCAAUGCUUUCUUCUGUCCCCAUUGCUACAUGGGGUUUCUCACUGACUCUUCCCUCGAAGAGCAUAUAAGGCAGGUCCACUGUGACCUCAGUGGCUCCCGAUUUGGGUCUCCAGUGCUCGGGACUCCAAAAGAACCAGUAGUAGAAGUCUAUUCUUGUUCCUAUUGUACGAAUUCACCCAUAUUCAACAGCGUUCUUAAACUCAACAAGCACAUCAAAGAGAAUCACAAAAACAUUCCCUUGGCCCUGAAUUAUAUUCACAACGGGAAGAAAUCCAGGGCCUUGAGCCCCCUCUCUCCCGUGGCCAUAGAACAGACAUCUCUUAAGAUGAUGCAGGCAGUGGGGGGCGCGUCUGCACGGCCAGCGGGAGAGUACAUCUGCAAUCAGUGUGGUGCUAAGUACACUUCCCUAGACAGCUUUCAGACUCACCUGAAAACUCAUCUGGACACUGUGCUGCCCAAACUUACCUGUCCCCAGUGCAACAAGGAGUUCCCCAACCAGGAGUCCCUGCUGAAGCACGUCACCAUCCAUUUUAUGAUUACUUCCACCUACUAUAUCUGUGAGAGUUGUGACAAGCAGUUCACGUCGGUGGAUGACCUUCAGAAACACCUGCUGGACAUGCACACCUUUGUCUUCUUUCGCUGCACCCUCUGCCAAGAAGUGUUCGACUCCAAAGUCUCCAUCCAGCUCCACUUGGCGGUAAAGCACAGUAACGAGAAGAAAGUCUACCGCUGCACAUCCUGCAACUGGGACUUCCGCAAUGAGACGGACCUGCAGCUCCAUGUGAAGCACAACCACCUGGAGAACCAGGGAAAGGUGCACAAGUGCAUCUUCUGCGGUGAGUCCUUCGGCACCGAGGUGGAGCUGCAGUGCCACAUCACCACCCACAGCAAGAAGUACAACUGCAAGUUCUGCAGCAAAGCCUUCCAUGCCAUCAUCCUGCUGGAGAAGCACCUGCGCGAGAAGCACUGCGUGUUUGAAACCAAGACGCCCAACUGUGGUGCCAACGGGGCCUCGGAGCAGGUGCAGAAGGAGGAGGUGGAGCUGCAGACGCUGCUGACUAACAGCCAGGAGUCGCACAACAGCCACGAUGGGAGCGAAGAGGACGUGGACACCUCAGAGCCCAUGUACGGCUGCGACAUCUGCGGGGCGGCCUACACCAUGGAAACCCUGCUGCAGAACCACCAGCUCCGGGACCACAACAUCCGGCCCGGGGAGAGCGCCAUCGUGAAGAAGAAAGCCGAGCUCAUCAAAGGGAAUUACAAGUGCAACGUGUGCUCUCGAACCUUCUUCUCUGAAAACGGCCUGCGGGAACACAUGCAGACCCACCUGGGCCCCGUCAAACACUACAUGUGCCCCAUCUGUGGAGAGCGCUUCCCCUCCCUUUUGACUCUGACCGAACACAAGGUCACGCACAGCAAGAGCCUGGAUACCGGCAACUGCCGGAUCUGCAAGAUGCCGCUCCAGAGCGAAGAGGAGUUUCUAGAGCACUGCCAAAUGCACCCCGACUUGAGGAAUUCUCUAACGGGCUUUCGCUGCGUGGUCUGCAUGCAGACCGUGACCUCCACCCUGGAACUCAAAAUCCACGGGACGUUCCACAUGCAAAAGACGGGCAACGGGUCUGCGGUCCAGACCACGGGGCGUGGCCAGCACGUCCCCAAACUGUACAAGUGCGCGUCUUGCCUCAAGGAAUUCAGGUCCAAGCAAGAUCUGGUGAAACUUGACAUCAACGGCCUGCCGUACGGUCUGUGCGCCGGCUGCGUGAACCUCAGUAAGAGCGCCAGCCCGGGCAUCAAUGUGCCCGCCGGCACGAACAGACAGGGCCUGGGCCCGAGCGAGAACCUGAGUGCCCUGGAGGGCAAGGGCAAGGCCGGGGCGCUGAAGACGCGCUGCUCCAGCUGCAACGUUAAGUUUGAGUCUGAAAGUGAACUUCAGAACCACAUCCAAACUGUCCACCGAGAGCUGGUGCCUGACGGCAACAGCACGCAGUUGAAAACGCCGCAGGUGUCGCCCAUGCCCAGAAUCAGUCCCUCCCAGUCGGAUGAGAAGAAGACCUAUCAGUGCAUCAAGUGUCAGAUGGUUUUCUACAAUGAAUGGGAUAUUCAGGUGCAUGUUGCAAAUCACAUGAUUGAUGAAGGACUGAACCAUGAAUGCAAACUCUGCAGCCAGACCUUCGACUCCCCUGCCAAACUCCAGUGCCACCUGAUCGAGCACAGCUUCGAAGGAAUGGGUGGCACUUUCAAGUGUCCCGUUUGCUUUACAGUAUUUGUUCAAGCAAACAAGUUGCAGCAGCAUAUUUUCUCUGCUCAUGGACAAGAAGACAAGAUCUAUGACUGCACGCAAUGUCCACAGAAGUUUUUCUUCCAAACAGAGCUGCAGAAUCAUACGAUGACCCAACACAGCAGUUAGUGCAAGCACGGGCUCUCAAGGAGAAUGACUUUUGUGGCACAAAAAGGGAACAUGUUUUACUCUUUGCACGAAACUUUCAUUGUUAAUGUAUAUUAUUCAGAAACAUUGUAUUGUACCAUAAAACUUGUAUUAUCAAAACUGUUGGAUGUUCAUGUGUUUGAACUUUUGAGCACCGGCUAGACCCCCCCCCUUGUACAUAAAGUGUCUCACAUGUAUUAUGUCGUCUGAUACUAAAAUGGUCUUAUAAAGACAAGUGGACUUGGGCCCUAUUCAGGCAAGAUUUUUUUUUUUUUUAAAUGGGAACAAAAUGGCUUAAGAGAAAGUAUUUUCAAGGAAGACAUUAAAACAACCCUGUUACCCAUGAAAUUAUGUUUGGACUUUUGGACUUCCUUUUCCUAACACUUAAGCCUAGAAUGUCUCUUUUGGUAUCUCAACGGUUAAAUCCAAGACUAUUUUUUAUUGCCGAAGAUUCUUUCAGACCAUGAAGAGAUGUUCUCACAGAACAGAACCCUCCAGCUGGAUAAGGCCCGUAUAUAUAUUUGUAAGCCUUGCAAUGUGACAGGUAGCAUCACUAUAUAUGCAAUAGUUGUUAUGUAGACUGUCAAUUUUUUUUUUCCUGGAUACAUUUGAAGCUUUGAGUGUUCAAGGUUUUCCUUAAUGAUUUCACACAGCCAAAUUCUUGAAUCAGUUGAACUAACCUGUAUGUUACUGUUAUUAAUGUUUACUCUGCGGUCUGAACCUGGAGAUUACUGGAAUUGUUUUCCAAGAGGAAAUAAAUUCAGUUUACCAUUAA